UCCCCAAGAUGGCGGCCGCAGCGCUGCUCAGGGGUGCGGCUCCAGGGCGCGGCGGCCGGGCCUGGAGCUGGCGGCUGCGCGCUGCCCCGAGGCUUCGCCUGGCCCACAGCUCCUGCUGUCAGGGUGGUGAGGCCGCGGGCAGCGCGGCGUGGACCUGCUUUCUACUGGGCGAGCGCGCCCUGGUGCGCGUGCGCGGGCCGGACUCUGCGCCCUUUCUCCUGGGUCUGCUGACCAAUGAGCUGCCGCUUCCAGGUCCUGCGGCCGGCGAGGCUUCAACUUCGGCGCGCUCGGGCUACGCCCACUUUCUCAACGUCCAGGGACGCACCCUCUAUGACGUCAUUCUCUAUGGGCUCCCUGAGGGCUCCCACGAGCAGCCCACUUUCCUCCUGGAGUGUGACAGCUCAGUGCUGGGUGCGCUGCAGAGGCACCUGGUGCUGCACAAGAUCCGGCGGAGGGUCACCGUGGAGCCCUGCCCCGAGCUGCGCGUGUGGGCCGUGCUGCCCUGUGUCCCUGAGGAGGCCGGCAGGGCUGUGCUGCUUCAGGAGAAGGCCGAGUGCACCACCAUCCUCACCCGUGAUCCCCGGACUGCUCGCAUGGGCUGGCGGCUCCUCUCCCAGGAUGAGGGCUCAGCCCUGGUGCCCGGGGGCCGUCUUGGGGACCUCCAGGAUUAUCACCGACACCGGUACCAGCAAGGCGUUCCCGAGGGGGUCCACGACCUGCCCCCAGGAGUAGCCCUACCGCUGGAGUCUAACCUGGCCUUCAUGAAUGGCAUCAGCUUCACCAAGGGCUGCUACAUCGGCCAGGAGCUGACGGCUCGCACCCACCACAUGGGUGUCAUCCGAAAGCGCCUCUUCCCAGUACAGCUCUCAGGCCCACUCCCUGUGGGCAGCAUUGCCCCUGGCACCUCUGUGCUCACCAAGUCGGGGCAGGCAGCCGAGAACCCUGAUACUGGUGUCUUCCCAUGUCAGUGGGUGAGGACCUCUUGCAUUCUUUCUAUGACUGCAUCCUGCGUUCGCCAGGGAUCAAACCCAGGCCCCAGCAGUGAAAGCGCCAAGUCUUAACCACUGGACCGCCAAGGAAUUCUCAUGUGUUGGUUUUUUUUUUUUUUUUUUUUGAGGGAUGUGCAUUUUAUUGUAAACCUUAAAUACUCCUCAGACAGAACACAAUGUCUUCAGUCUAGGCUCUCAUGUGGCUUACAGAGGAAACUGUGAUUUUUGGAUUAGGGGCAAGGAGAGGGACAGCAUGGAGGAUGAGUACUUAGUUUGCCAAAAGGACCCCCUCACGAGUGCUCCUCAGCCAGCUUAUCAGCUUUUGCCACAGCUCCUUCAAUGGGUCCCACCAUAUAGAAGGCCUGUUCUGGGAGAUGGUCAUAUUCACCUGCCAAAAUCUUCUGGAAUCCUUUGAUGGCCUUCUUCAGGGGUACCAGCUUCCCCAUAUGACCGGUAAAGACCUCAGCCACCUGGAAUGGCUGAGACAAGAAACGCUGUAUUUUCCAUGCACGGGACACAGUUAACUUGUCUUCCUCAGAAAGUUCAUCCAUACCCGGGAUGGCAAUGAUGUCCUGGAGGGAUUUGUAGUCCUGUAGGAUCUUUUGCACCCCACAGGCAACAUCAUAAUGCUCAUUGCCAACGAUGUUGGGAUCCAUGAUGUGAGAGGUGGAGUCCAGCGGAUCCACAGCUAGAUAUCUGCCCAGUUCAGCAAUAGCACGCGACAGCACAGUGGUAGCAUCCAAACGGGCAAAGGUAGUGGCAGGGGCAGGGGCAGUCAAGUCAUCAGCAGACACGCAGAUAGCCCGUACAGAGCGGAUAGAUCCCUUUUUGGUGGUGGCGAUUCUUUCCUACAUGGUACCCAUGUCAGUGGCCAGGGUAGGCUGAUAACCCACUGCAGAAGGGAUUCUGCCUAAUAAAGCAGACACCUCUGAGCCAGCCUGGGUGAAGCAAAAGAUGUUAUCAAUAAACAGCAACACAUCUUGACCUUCUUGGUCUCUGAAGUAUUCAGCUACAGUCAGACCAGUCAGAGCUACCCGGGCCCGAGCACCAGGCGGUUCAUUCAUUUGACCAUACACCAGCCCGACCUUGCAGGUAGCAUCUUUUAAGUUGAUAACACCAGACUCAGUCAUUUCAUGGUAUAAGUCAUUGCCCUCGUGGGUCCUCUUACCAACACCAGCAAAUACAGAGUAACCACCAUGGGCUUUUGCAACAUUGUUGAUUAACUCCAUGAUCAGUAGUAUCUUGCCAACUCCAGCACCACCAAAGAGCCCAAUUUUGCCACCCUGGGCAUAGGGAGGCAGCAGAUCCACAAUCUUGAUACCAGUAGCAAGAAUUCCCUGCUCAGCACUCACCUCCAUGAAUUCAGGAGCCUCAGCAUGAACAGCAGCAAAUUGUUUGGUUUCAAUGGGACCUCUCUCAUCAAUAGGCUCUCCAAUGAUGUUCAUGAUUCUAUGCAAGGUCUCAGGGCCAACAAGAAUUUUGAUUGGUGCACCAGAAUCCAGGACUUUCUGGCCUCUAGCCAAACCUUCUGUACCAUCUAUGGCAAUGGUCCUUACCGUGCUCUCACCCAAAUGCUGGGCCACCUCCAAAACCAGCCUGGUUUCCCUGCCUUGCAUUUCCAGGACAUUUAGUGGGUGGCAGCCCCUCAUCAAAUUGGACGUCCACCACUGCACCGAUGACCGCCACGACGCACCCAGUGGCGGCGCCUGCUUUGGCGAUGGAUAUGUUUGAGCAGCAUGGUCUCUGGCAGGCUGGAGCGCUGCCGAAGCGGCCCGCAGUAAGAGUUGGGCUUGAGGUAGCGGCCCUGAAGGGCUGAGUCCCCGCAAGCCCUCAGAGGCCGAGGCAGUGGCACACGACCCACAAGUCCCAACAUGGUGGAGCUGGGGUGGAGAAUUUUAGUCAGGUUUUUAAAUUCAUUUCAGCUUGAUUUUUUUAAAUUGAAGUAAGAUUCAUAUAACAUAAAGUUAGCCAUUUUAAAAUAUACAAUUUAGAGGCAUUUAAUACAUUCACAGUGUUGUACAACCAUUACCUUUAUGUAGAUUCAAAACAUUUUUGGGCUUCCCUGGUGGCGCAGUGGUUGAGAAUCUGCCUGCCAAUGCAGGGGACAGGGGUUCGAGCCCUGGUCUGGGAAGAUCCCACAUGCCGCGGAGCAACUGGGCUCGUGAGCCACAAUUACUGAGCCUGCGCGUCCGGAGCCUGUGCUCCGCAACAAGAGAGGCCGUGAUAGUGAGGCCCGCGCACCGCGAUGAAGAGUGGUCCCGCUUGCCGCAACUAGAGAAAGCCCUCGCAGAGAAACGAAGACCCAACACAGCCAUAAAUAAAUAAAUUAAAAAAAAAACAAAAAACAUUUUCAUCACCUCAAAAGGAAACUCUAUACCCAUUAAGCAGUCACUCCCCAUUCUCCUCCCUCAGACCCUGGUAACCACUUUCUGUCUCUGGAUUUGCCUGUUCUGAACAUUUCAUAUGAAGGAAUCAUAUAGUAUAUGGCCUUUUGUGUCUGCCUUCUCUAACUGAGCAUAAUGUUUUCAAAAUUAAUCCACAUUGUACAUGUUUCAGUAUUUUAU